AUGGCUGACCCCUCUGCUUCCAAACUCCCUGUCACUCUUCAGAACAUAAAUCCCAAGAUUUUGAAAUGUGAAUAUGCUGUCCGAGGUGAAAUUGUCACCCUUGCCCAGAGGUUACAAGAAGAAUUACUGGCUAAUCCAGGCUCUCAUCCCUUUGAUGAGAUACUUUACUGCAACAUUGGAAAUCCCCAGUCUCUUGGUCAGCAUCCAAUAACCUUUUUCCGAGAGGUUCUUGCAUUAUGUGACCAUCCAUCCAUCUUGGACAAAAGCGAAACACAGGGUCUAUUCAGUGCAGAUGCAAUAGAGCGGGCAUGGCAGAUUCUAGAUCAAAUUCCUGGAAGAGCAACUGGUGCAUACAGUCAUAGUCAGGGUAUCAAGGGUUUACGUGAUACAAUUGCUGCUGGAAUUGAAGCUCGUGACGGAUAUCCUGCUGAUCCAAAUGAUAUUUUCUUAACAGAUGGUGCAAGCCCUGCGGUCCAUAUGAUGAUGCAAUUGCUGAUAAGCUCAGAGCAGGAUGGGAUUCUUUGUCCCAUUCCUCAAUACCCUUUGUACUCUGCUUCAAUUGCCCUCCACGGUGGUACACUGGUUCCUUACUUCCUCGAUGAGGCAUCAGGGUGGGGAUUGGAAACUUCUGAGUUGAAGAAGCAAUUGGAGGACGCAAGGUCCAAGGGUAUCAACCCAAGGGCCUUGGUUGUUAUAAAUCCAGGCAACCCAACAGGGCAGGUGCUUGCUGAGGACAACCAGCGGCAGAUUGUGGAAUUCUGCAAGCAAGAAGGUCUUGUUUUGCUGGCAGAUGAGGUUUAUCAAGAAAAUGUUUAUGUACCUGAUAAGGAGUUUCAUUCAUUAAAGAAGGUAUCCCGGUCUAUGGGAUAUGGUGAAAAGGAUAUUUCUUUGGUAUCAUUUCAAUCAGUAUCUAAAGGGUACUACGGGGAGUGUGGAAAAAGAGGCGGUUACAUGGAAGUAACUGGUAUCAGUCCUGACGUAAGGGAACAAAUAUACAAAGUGGCAUCUGUGAAUCUUUGUUCUAACAUCUCUGGUCAAAUUCUUGCAAGCCUUGUCAUGAGUCCACCAAAGGUUGGAGAUGAAUCCUAUGAAUUGUAUUGUGCAGAGAAAGAUGGAAUCCUGUCAUCCCUAGCAAGGCGUGCAAAGACUUUAGAAGAUGCGUUGAACAACUUAGAGGGUGUGACAUGCAACAGAGCAGAAGGGGCAAUGUAUCUCUUUCCCCGCAUAAACCUGCCUCAAAAGGCAAUUAAAGCAGCAGAGGCAGCAAAUACAGCUCCAGAUGCAUUCUACUGUCGCCGCCUUCUCAAUGCCACAGGAAUCGUGGUUGUUCCUGGUUCUGGUUUUGGGCAGGUUCCUGGCACCUGGCAUUUUAGGUGCACAAUAUUGCCUCAAGAGGAUAAAAUUCCAGCCAUCGUCACCCGUCUGACAGACUUCCACAAGUCAUUCAUGGACGAGUUUCGCGACUAG